AUGGGUGAUGUUGAGAAAGGCAAGAGGAUUUUUGUUCAGAAGUGUGCCCAGUGUCACACUGUGGAAAAGGAAGGCAAGCACAAGACUGGGCCAAAUCUCCAUGGUCUUUUUGGGCAGAAGACAGGUCAGGCUGCUGGAUUCUCUUACACAGACACCAAUAAGAACAAAGGCAUCACCUGGGGAGAAGAUACCCUGACGGAGUAUUUGGAGAAUCCCAAGAAUCCCUGGAACAAAAGAAUCCCUGGAACAAAAAUGAUCUUUGAGCCGGGCUCGAAGAAGGGAGAAAGGGCAGACUUGAUAGCUUAUCUCAAAAAAGCUACUAAUGAGUAAUAAGUGGCCACUGCCUUAUUUAUUACAAA